AUGCCCCAGUCAUCUGCCGCCCCCGUCUUCUACUCCUUCGACGACACCAACCACCUCCAGUCAUCCCUCGCCAACUUUGUCCUCAAAGCCCAGGCCGAUGCCGUCUCCCACCGCGGCGUAUUCACCAUCGCCCUCUCCGGCGGCUCGCUCCCCAACCAGCUGAAGCCCCUCGCCGAUAUCGCGGGCAUUCACUGGGACAAGUGGCAGGUAUUCUUUGCCGACGAGCGUAUCGUCCCCCUCGACCACCCCGAAUCCAACUACAAUGCCUGCGCCAAGGCCUUCCUCGACCACGUCCCCAUUUCCCGCGAGCAGAUCCACACCAUCAACACUGAUCUCUUCCGAGAGCAGACCCGUGUAGACCCUACCGGUGAAAUCCGGAAGGGCGAAGAAGAAGCUGCAGAGGCCGAGGCGGUGGACAUUGCGGACGAGUACGAGAAGCAGCUGGUGCAGACCUUUGCCGGUGGUAACGCUGCCAGAUAUCCCACAUUCGACUUGAUCCUGAUGGGUAUGGGACCGGACGGUCACACUUGUUCGCUCUUUCCCGGCCACGAGCUCUUGUCAGAGAACGACAGAUGGGUGGCGGAGAUUCAGGACAGCCCCAAGCCCCCACUCAGGAGGAUCACCCUUACCUACCCUGUUUUGAACCACGCUUUCCGAUGUGCUUUUGUUGCCGCUGGUAAAGGCAAGCAAGACAUGCUCGCUCAGAUUCUUGACAAGCCCGAAGACGGUUUGCCCUGUUCCCGUGUCCGCCCAGCUUCCCCUGGUCUCGUCUUCUGGUUUGUUGACAAUGCCGCUGCCGCAAAGGUUGUCUACCCCAAAACAGAGUACAAGUGGAUCUCUGGUAACGACGAGGACGAUCCCAUUACAGUGGAGAGGAAGAAAAUGAAGAGUGAAAUGGAUGCUGCUGUGAAGCAGGCCAUCUAA